CCAGGCUCGAGCCGUCCAGGGAGUUGCUACAUCACCGAACUGCGCCUGGAAGACCCCAGGAGCCCCUUCUUAAUGUUGGGCCACCCUGUCCGAGCUGCGCUUAUUGUUGGGACACCACUGCCCUCUCCCGGACGUAAACGCAGGUAGAAUUAGCUGAGUCCUGAGACUCGGUCUGCUUACACCCCGCCACCGGGGAGACAGUCCCACAAGCUCUGGCAGAAAGAGUUCGCGGAAAAGGCUACUCGAACCACCGAAACUAAUGGGAAAUGUAAUCCACGGUUAAAAAAAAAAAAAAAAGGCAGACGACCCGCCAAAAUCGGUUGGUCCUGGCGGGUUCAGAGCCCGGCGUGGCGGAGCCCAGGGGCCCUCUGGGAACGCUAACCCGCCUCAGGAGUGCGCAGGCGCAGAACUUCUGGCUCGCCAUCGUCGUCUUUGUCUGCUGCACUCAUAGCACUGUCAAGCCAGGUUUUAAGGCUCUCACCAUCUGAGUAGGAGAAAAGCCUCUGAGCCAGAUAUUUCAUGAAUCUCCAGGAGCUGCAUUCUCUUUAUCUUUGAAAACCUUUGAGGAUUUUAAGAACUCAGCUUGAAUUCUAGCAUGCUGCUUUGACUCCCAACCAUAAUCGCAGAUUCUGUGUCACUUUGUCUCUUUACAAGUUUAAAGUCACCAGUUAAAACAAAAAGAUCAAUGGAUGAUCGAGAAGAAAUAUAAAGAGUUCUCUAGAAUAAACCUGAGAAGUUUAUAAACAAAUAAAGAUACAACGUGAAAGACUUGAGAGUGAAGUCUCAUUGUUCUCUGUGAAAAUAUAGACUGAGGAAACAAAAUAGUAUUUCCUUGGAGCACAGCAUUGAUUCUUCAAGACUACACUUCUGUGUAUGGGACUCAGUUUAAGAAUUUGAAACAUAAUUUAUGCUUAAAUAUGCAAGAAGCAGUAUAAGAAAGAACCAUUGACUUAGGGUUGUGGCUCAGUUGUAGAGUGCUUGCCUAGCAUGCAUGAGGCACUGGGUUCAAUCCUCAGCAACACAUAAAAAUAAAAUAAAAAUAUGGUAUCCUCCUAAAACUAAAAAAAAAAAAGAAAGAACCAUUAAUACAAAGAGAUUGCUAUAUCUCAUUCCUUUUUAUAAUCAUCUCAUCUCAGGAUAUAUCAGUGUGAGAAAAAUCUCCCAUCAUUAGCUCAAAUUUGUUAGAUACCUGAGCAUACUGAAAAGAAAUCACACAAGUUUAGUGAAACGUGGAAAAGCUUUCAUCCUUACUGCAUUUCAGUAGCUACAAGGAAAAAGGGAAACCUAGGAGAAUUGUCCUGUGCAUGACAGGAAUGUUGGAAAGUCUUCAGCCUGAUUCAGAUCUACUUCAGCAUGAUGAAAUUCAUACUGAUCAGAAACCUUACGAGUGUAAAAAAAACUUUAGCCUGAAAGAAAACUUGAUAGAGCAAAGGAACAUGCAUACUGGAGAAAAAUCACAUGAAUGUACUGAAUGUGGUAAAGUGUUCUCUCGGGUCUCAUCACUUACUCUACAUUUGAAAAGUCAUACAGGAAAGAAAUCCUAUAAGUGUAAUAAGUGUGGAAAAGCCUUUGGCCAAAAGAGAAACUUCCUUUCUCAUCAGAAACAUCAUACUGGAGAGAAAUCUUAUGAAAGUGGGAAAACUUCUAUUAAGAUGCCAAUCCUCAUUAAACACCAGAGAAAUCAUUCAGGAAACAAACCAUAUGCAUGUAAGGAAUGUGGCAAAGCUUUUAAUGGAAAAUCAUAUCUCAGUGAGCAUGAGAAAAUUCAUACUGGAGAAAAACCUUUUGAAUGUAAUCAAUGUGGAAGGGCCUUCAGCCAGAAGCAGUACCUCAUUAAACAUCAGAACAUCCAUAGUGGAAAGAAACCCUUUAAAUGUAAUGAGUGUGGGAAAGCCUUUAGCCAGAAGGAAAACCUCAUUAUCCAUCAGAGAAUACAUACUGGAGAGAAACCUUAUGAAUGUAAAGGGUGUGGGAAAGCUUUCAUUCAGAAGUCAAGCCUCAUUAGACACCAGAGAAGUCAUACCGGAGAGAAACCAUACAGUUGUAAGGAAUGUGGAAAAGCCUUCAGUGGCAAAUCAAAUCUCACUGAGCAUGAGAAAAUUCAUAUUGGAGAGAAACCCUAUAAAUGUAAUGAAUGUGGAACAAUCUUCAGGCAGAAGCAAUACCUCAUUAAACAUCACAAUAUUCAUACGGGAGAGAAACCCUAUGAAUGUAAUAAAUGUGGAAAAGCCUUUUCUCGAAUCACAUCACUUAUUGUACAUGUGAGAAUCCAUACAGGUGAUAAACCAUAUGAAUGUAAAAUAUGUGGGAAAGCCUUCUGUCAAAGCUCAUCUCUUACUGUACAUAUGAGAAGCCACACAGGUGAGAAACCCUAUGGUUGCAAUGAAUGUGGGAAAGCCUUUUCUCAGUUCUCAACUCUUGCUCUACACAUGCGAAUCCAUACUGGUGAAAAACCUUAUCAAUGUAGCGAAUGUGGGAAAUCUUUCAGCCAGAAGUCACAUCACAUUAGACACCAGAGAAUUCAUACUCAUUAAAGCUCUAUGAAGGCCUUGGAUAUAGAAAAAACUCCAUCAGAAUUUAUACUUAAUAAUAUCAAAAAACUCAUUUUACAUUAAAGUGACACAAAAUGUGGGAAAUCCUGCAGCAACUCAAAAUACAAAGAUGUUUAAUAAGAAGUAGCCAGGGCAAAAAGCUUCCACAAUAAAUAUUAUUGUACUUUUAUGAGCAUUCUUGUUGAGUUAGAAUCCAGUUAUGGAGACCAACUAGCACGUUUCUGGGAGUCCUAUGAGAUACAUUAAGACAACUAUAUGAGAGAAAAGGACUUGAAAUUGAGAGACAAUUAUUUUUUUGUUAUGUGCUUUGCUAUAUGUGUACUUUGUAAAACUAAUCAUCAAAGUAUUUGGUGUUGAUGCAGUUGUAGAAAAUUGAGGUUGGGGCAGAGUACUGAAUCCAUUAAGCCUGAAUUUGUGGGUAAUUGGUCAUUCAUAAUGGUGGCAUCCCAAAUUUAGGGAUUAUUUUAAAAAUGAUCUCAGGGUAAUUGAUUUCUUCAUUUGGAAAAAGAAGCGACCUCUGUCAUUAUUCAUUAAAAUAUUUAUUUAUUAUGAAAUCCAAAAUUAUUGAAUGCUGGAAUGCAAAAAGCAAAACAAUAAUAUAAAUUUUAUACAAGAGUGUUUUUAAAACCUUAGGGUAGGAAAGAAUUUCUAAAUUAUAUUCCAGAAGAAUCAACAAUUCUACUUUUAAAUAUAUAUACAUAUACCCAAAACACUAACACAUGUACACAGGGAAUAUAAUGUGUCUGUUCAUUGCAGCAUGAAAAAUGGUAGCCAGAAAUCGGAAACAGAUGUCUGUUGCUUGUGAAAUAGAUAUAUAAAAUGUGAUAGUCAUAGAGUAGAAUACUCUCUAGCAGUCAAGUACAAAUUAAAUUUGUAUGUAUAUUAACAGUGAAAGAUAUGAAAAAUCAUACAGAAUGAAGAAAACUGAAGUGAUGAAUAUAUUGUAGAGAUACCCUUGUGAAUCUAAAUAAAAUCAACACUAACCAACCCCUGUA